AUGAAAAUAAAACAAUAUUUACUAAAUAAUUCCUUAGACAAUUUUGAUAAAAUUUACUUACCAAAUAAUUUAAAACAAAAUCUUUUUUAUUUAUAUCGUUCAACAAUAAAAGAAUUUCUUAGUGGUCUUAUACCAUUAUUAACAGCGAAAAGUGUAUCAAAAGUUUGUCUGGAUUUUAUUAUAUAUGAUCCACAAAUAAAAACAAAUGAUUUAUCAUCAUCAUUAUCAAAAAUAAAUUCGCCAAAAAUUAUAACAAAAAAAAAUUUUUUUAAUCAUUAA